AUGGGAAAAAAUUGGUAUAAUCAAUCUCCCGACGAAGCCCUAAAAAAUCUUUCUACAAAUAAAGAUAAGGGACUAAGUCAAGAAGAAGCCAAAGCUAGGCUUGAAAAAUAUGGGGAAAAUGCUCUCGAAGCAGAAAAGAAAAAAUCCUUUGGAGAGAAGUUAAAGGAACAAAUCCUUGACCCAAUGAUUAUCAUUUUAAUGGCAGCAGCCUUUGUAUCAGCCUUCAAUGGAGAAGCUCUUGAUGCAGGAAUAAUUAUUGCCAUUGUAGUUGUCAACGCCUUUCUAUCAAUUUACCAAGAAGGUAAGGCAGAAGAAGCGAUUGAAGCCCUACAAAAGAUGUCAUCACCAAAGGCCAAGGUAAUAAGAGAUGGCGAACACAUUGAGGUUGACUCCAACACACUUGUGCCAGGAGAUAUUAUUAUUCUUGAAACAGGUGACAUUGUCCCAACAGACUUAAGACUACUUGAGUCAUCAAAUCUAAAGAUUGACGAGUCAUCCCUAACUGGUGAAUCAGUUCCAGUUGAAAAAGAAGCCUCUGUAGUCUACUAUGGUAAAAUGGAAAUUGGCGACAGAGAAAACUUGGCUUACUCAUCAACUACAGUAACCUACGGUAGGGGUAUGGGACUUGUUAUAGAAACUGGUCACGAAACAGAAAUCGGAAAAAUUGCAACUUCAAUUGCUACCGUAGGAGAUGAGCAAACUCCCCUUCAAAGAAAACUUGCAAAGUUAUCCAAGACUCUGGGUAUUUUAGUUCUUGUUAUUUGUGCCGUGGUUCUUGGAGUUGGCGUACUUUAUAAGCACGACCCAAGAGAAAUGUUUAUGACUGCAAUUUCCCUUGCAGUAGCAGCAGUUCCAGAAGGAUUACCUGCUAUUGUAACAAUUGUACUUUCAAUUGGCAUGGGCAAGAUGGCAGAAAAAAAUGCCAUUGUAAAAAAACUUUUGGCAGUUGAAACUCUUGGAACAACUACAGUAAUUUGCUCCGACAAGACUGGUACUCUUACACAAAAUGAAAUGACUGUUGUAAAGGUAUUUACUGACGGACAUGUUUAUGAUGUUUCAGGAACUGGUUACUCUCCAGAAGGUGACGUAACAAGAAAAGACGCAAAAGUUACAAUUGAAGAAGACGAAAACCUUAAAAUUUUAUCUUCUAUUGCAGCCCUAACUAAUGAUGCAAAAUUGCAAGUUAAGGAUCAAGAAGCAUCUAUUAUUGGAGACCCAACUGAAGGUGCCCUUCUAACCUUUGCAGAAAAGGCAGGUAAUGGACUUAAGGAACUUUACAGUAACUUUGAUAGGAUUGAAGAAAUACCCUUCGACUCUGAUAGAAAGAUGAUGACAACUUUCCACGACAAAAUUUUUGAUGACAUAACAUCCUUUACAAAGGGAGCACCAGAUGUUGUCCUUGAAAGAUGUAGCAAGAUUUUAAUUGAUGGAAAAGAAGUAGAACUUGAUGAAAAAUUAAGAGAAGAAGUCUUAGCAAAGAAUAGUGAGUUCGCAAGAUCUGCCCUAAGAUGUCUAGGCUACGCUUACAGAAAACACAGGGACAUGCCAAGUGAAAUCACAUCAGAAAACAUUGAAAGGGAUAUGAUUUUUGUUGGGCUUACAGGUAUGAUUGACCCUUCAAGACCAGAAGCAAAGGCAGCAAUAAAAGAAUGUAGGACUGCAGGCAUAAGACCAAUUAUGAUUACAGGUGACUACCUUGAAACAGGUCUUGCCAUUGCAAAGGACCUUGGUAUUGCUACAUCAGAUGACCAAGCAAUCAUGGGCAGGGAACUUAACGAAAUGUCUGAAGAAGAACUUAGAGAAGUUGUAAAAGGAAAAUCUGUCUUCACAAGAGUAUCUCCAGAAAACAAGGUACAAAUCGUUACAGCCUUAAGACAAAAUGGUCACAUAACUGCCAUGACUGGUGACGGUGUUAAUGACGCGCCAGCAAUUAAAAAGGCAGAUAUUGGUAUCGCUAUGGGUAUAACAGGUACUGACGUUGCAAAAAAUACUGCAGAAGUAAUUUUGACAGACGACAACUUUGCAACAAUUGUAAACGCAGUUGAAGAAGGAAGAAUUAUUUAUUCCAACAUCAAAAAGUUUGUUGCUUAUUUACUUUCAUGUAACCUUGGGGAAGUUUUAAUAGUAUUGAUUUCAAUCCUAAUGAACCUUCCAGUGCCACUAAUCCCAAUUCAAUUAUUGUGGCUUAAUCUUGUUACAGACUCCUUCCCAGCUCUUGCACUUGGAGUUGAAAGAGGAGAAGCAGAUAUAAUGAAUGAGCCGCCACGUGAUCCAGACGAGCCAAUCCUUGACACAGAAAUAAAAAUCACUGUUGCCAUCCAAUCUAUUGCAAUAACACUUGCCACACUUCUUGCAUACCUUGUUGGACUUAAGUGGUAUGGACAAGCUGAAGGACUUGGACACGCAAGGACAAUGGCAUUCUCAGCAUUAAUUAUUUGUGAACUUCUAAGAGCCUAUACAUCAAGAUCAAUUGACAAGACUGUAUUCGAAAUUGGAGUAUUCACAAACAAGAAGUUAGUACUUGCAACUUUAUUCUCCUUCUUACUAAUGUUAGUAGUAAUUUAUGUACCAGUAUUAAACGAUGCCUUUGGACUAAUGGACUUAGGACCAAGAGAAAUCGCAGUAGUAAUUGGAUCAUCACUUAUUCCACUAGUAGCUGGAGAAAUUCAAAAGAAAAUAAGAUUUAAGAAAAAAUAA